UGGGCGGCCCGGGGAGAGCGCGGAGGUUGCAGCCGGUGGAGUCGGAGCCACCUCCCGCUGCUGCCACCGCCGCGUAGGUAGGUGCCAAUUAUUCGUCCCAACCAAUUGUCAUGUUGUUGCUAGGGUGGAAUUUAUUUAAUCGUUUUAAACAUAGGGCAAUUUAAAACAAAAUUGCUUGUAGACUUCUCUCCUCCUCCUCCUCCUCUACGUUGACGAUGGCAGCAUUAGCAAGAGAAGCUCAAUGAGGUUCUGAUGAAACAUGGACCAUCAAAACUAUGGAUAUGCUCGAGAACUUUACAGUCGAUACGUCCGAGACCAGGACAGUUCAGUUGUAAACAAAAUGCAACAGAGAUACUGGAAAACAAAGCAAAGCCUUAUCAAGGUCACUGGGAAGAAAGAAGAUGCACAUGUCGUGGCAUCAGAUGCAGACCUGGAUGCUAAAUUAGAGGUAUUCCAUUCCAUUCAAAGAACAUGUAUGGAACUUCUGAAGGUCAUCGAACAGUAUCAGAAACGGAUUUGUUUUUUGUCUCAGGAAGAAAAUGAAUUGGGCCGAUUUCUCAGAUCCCAGGGUUCACAGGAUAAAACCAGAGCAGGAAAAAUGAUGCAAGCAACUGGAAAGGCACUAUGCUUCUCCUCGCAACAAAGACUAGCACUCCGUAGUCCUUUAUGUCGACUGUACCAGGAAGUGGAAACAUUCAGGUACCGCGCCAUUUCUGACACCUGGCUGACCGUGAAUAGAAUGGAACAGUCUCGCACAGAAUACCGGGGAGCAUUACUGUGGAUGAAAGAUAUUUCUCAGGAGCUGGAUCCUGAUAUGUAUAAGCAUCUUGAAAAGUUUAGGAAGGUUCAAGGUCAAGUUCGUCAUACGAAGAUUCACUUUGACAAAAUAAAGAAUGACGUGUGCCAGAAAGUAGACUUACUUGGAGCAAGUCGUUGCAAUCUUCUUUCUCACAUUUUAGCAACUUAUCAGACGACAUUACUGCAUUUUUGGGAAAAGACAUCCCACACCAUGGCAGCUAUUCAUGAAAGUUUCAAAGGAUACCAGCCAUACGAGUUUGCAAUGUUGAAGAUUUUACAAGGACCUGUAAAUAAAUUGUUGGAACAGGUAUCACAAGACGACAAUAAUGCAAAGAAUAAUGCAACAAAGGACGCAUCUGAUAAAGAUGAUGAGCUUAUCUCAUUGAAAGAAGAUAAGGAAAACAAGGAAUCUGACAGUUCAGAUACUUCUCUGUCUCCUGCAAUGGGAAAUGAUACCUUUUCAACUUUGGAACCAAUAUCUUCAAAUAAUCAGCAUAAAUCAGAAUCCAUAGAUGAUUUGUUAGAUUUGAAAAAGGAAGAAAAGGCAACAUUGUCUCUGAGUGCUCCAACAGAACUACUAAUCAACUCCAUGGAACCACAAACAAACGACAAGGAUGAAAUGGCUUUGCUGAAUGAAAUACUAAAUGGGACAUCACUGGAAGAGGGUGACUUUGGCAGGGAAUGGCAAGCAGUAUUUGGAGAAGACCUGAGUUCACCCAACAAUCUAAUGGCUGGUGAAUCAGACCAAUCUCCCUCUCCUUCAGGCUUCCUUCCUUCUCAACUGUUUGACAAAAGCUUAGCAGAUGCAUCAUUUUCAGUUACAGGCUGGACAGCAGCUGGUCUCAGUCUUCAACCUACAUCUCAAUCAAAAGAGCACCAAAAUGGAUUAAUUGACAAUACGAGUAAAAAUUCAUUUAGAGCUACUCAGAAAAAUUCAACUGACCUGACGACAUGGUUUAACCUUUUUGCUGACUUGGAUCCAUUGUCAAACCCAGAUGCUAUUGGACGAACUGAUAAGGAGCAUGAACUCCUCAAUGCAUGACACACACUUGGACAAGCUGUAAUCAUAACUAUAACAUUGUAAUCUUUGGUAAAUCUAUUGAAUGUUGAGUACUGGAGCCUAAUUUUCUAAUAUUUCACUCAUUAUAAACUGCUGAAAAAAUGUUUACUCAUUUUAACAGCACAAAGGAUGACAAUCUGUAAAUGUUGCUGUCUUGUUGCCAAAUGAAAGAGUAGAGAAUAGAGAUUGUUCAAUUAAGCAAAUGUUUUCUAUAUUACUUUCUACAACC